CCAGCAGGGGCUUUCUCGAGUUCACUAGCUAGUAGAGAGAUCUUUCUGUCUCCUGUAGCAGUGUUUAUAUGUGCAUGCAAGCAGUUGCCCCUUCACACGGAUACCGAGACACACAGCAGCAUGGCGAGCCGGGAAAGAGCACAGAGUUUUCUUCACUCAUCAACAAAAACUAAAUUGUCAUGCAUAGGAUUGCUGCGGGUUUUAUUUAUUACUUUUAUACACACGGCGCAGGCGAACAAACAAGCGUUCAUACAGUCAGACACAAUCCUCGAGGUGCUACACUUUGGAGAAGGUCGUCUCUUACAGACAGAGUUUGACUGUGAUCUAAGUUUAUAUAAUCGAAAAAGGUCUGUGGGGAUGCCAACAAUGGAAAAUAUUUACUUGAAUAAUCCCAGCUCAGAAGAAAUUAGUUUGAUAUCAAUAUCAGCAACAACAGCACAUUUUCAUUCAUCCUAUUUCCAGAAUGGGAUAAUCCCAGCAGGGGGAAACACGUCGUUUGAUCUCGUGUUUCUCGCCAGGGUCGUAGGGAACAUAGAAAAUACUUUAUUUAUUAAUACGUCGAAUCAUGGAGUGUUUACAUACCAGGUGUUCUGGGUGGGUAUCCCCUACAGACUACGGCCCUUCAUCGGGGCCAGAGUACCUGUUAACGACAGCUUCUCUCCACUCAUAAACAUCCACAACCCUCACAGUGAACCACUGCAGGUUGUGGAGAUGUUCUCCAGUGGAGAUCACCUCCAUCUGGACCUGCCUACGGGCCAACAAGGAGGCACCAGAACAUUCUGGGAGAUCCCUCCGUUUGAGACGAAGGGUGUGAUGAGGGCUAGCUUCUCGUCGAGAGAUGCAGACAACCACACAGCCUUCAUCAGGAUCAAAACCAACGAAGACCAGUUUAUCAUACUGCCUGUGGAGGUCACCUCAGCUCCUGGUAUAUACUCCUCCACAGAGAUGCUAGACUUCGGUACGUUAUGGUCACAAGAACGGCCGGAACAAUUGAACUUACAUCUACUGAAUUCGGGAAGGAAAGAUGUUUGGAUCGCGAGUAUACGGACGACGCCAUCCAACGAAGCCACCAUCAAUUUCAAAGCAAUCACCCUAGAAGCAGGCGAGAGUAGAUAUGCCAAAGUUGCAAGUAUUAGUUUUGAUGCAUCAAAAGCAGAAAGACCGGUUCAGUUUUCUGGUAAAAUAACAGUGAAGGUCAAGGAGAUAAACUCGUCUAAACUUGAAGUCCCGUACCAAGCAGAGGUGCUACAAGGCUACCUGGGCUUUGACCACACGGCCACGUUGUUCCACAUCAGAGACAGUCCAGUAGACCCCUUGAACAGAUCCAUCUUCCUUACCAACGCCUUCAACUUUGCUGUCCGCAUACACAACGUCACCCUGCCAGAUGAGGCCAAGACCAUGUUCAGCCCCAUGGUCCUGUCCCCCAGGCUAAAGGAGGAGCUCCUCUUGGACUUUGGGCUCUGCAGUUCAACAGUCUUCAGCAGCAUCGUGUUCCUAGUGUUCAACAACAACCCCAUAGAGAUAUUAACAAUCCCAGUGAAGGCUGCGAUAGCAGUGGGGAAGCUAAACAGCUAUCCUGAACACAUCAUCCUACCUCCAUCCUUUCCUGGGAAGAUAGUUCACCAGAGUUUCACCAUCCAGAGUUCCUUCACCCAGAGAGCGAGACUCCGACACAUCCGUUCCCUGACAGAAGACAUUCGGUUCUAUUACAAAAGACUACGUAGUAACAAGAAUGGACUGGAACCUAGACGCAAGUCCAAGGUUGCUAAUAUUUAUUUUGAUGCCGGUUUGCAGUGUGUCGACCACUGUUAUGUGGGGUUGCCGUUUGUUCUGAAAUCUGAGGCUCGUCCCCACGGCCUGGUCUUACAGGAGGACAUCUGGGAUGCUGACAUUGACCUCCACCAGAAACUUCUCCGACGCUGGACAGAGCUGAAAGAUCGCUCGGGACAUCAAGUUGAGGUGGUGUUUGAAGUCAGCACAGAUCUUCAGGAGACGGUCCAGGCAACAAUAACAGCUCAACAGACCUGGCCGUCGCUGGUUAACGCCUCACAACAAAUCACGUUUCCCCUCACCAAUGCCAAUAGCUCCUCUGAGACGGAGGUUGUUCUAGAGAACCCAGCAGAUGUCCCAGUGUAUGUCCAGAUCCUUCCUCUGGCUCUCUACCCGAACCCCUACGUGUUUGCUGGGAAACUCGGCGACCGCUUCCCACUGGGAAAGUUGUCCAACAUCGACACAAAAUCACUGGAAUUUCAGGUCACCAGAAACCUAUCGUCUGUAAUGAAGGGAAGCUCAGGGUUUGUGGAGGGCUCGACCAGACCGUUUGUCUACAACGUGCUCCUGCAGCCUGGAGAGGUCAAGUCCUUCAGCCUGAGGUUCACUCCUUCCAGCAACCACUCUGUCUCCUCCCUGCUCAUAGUCAGGAACAACCUGACUGUGAUAGAUGUGAUCGUGGUUCGUGGCCAGGGAACCACGGGGAGCCUGCAGGUAGCUGGGAAAGUCCCUGGACCAGACAGCUCCCUUCGCUUCCAAAUGACGGAGGCGUUGCUGAAGGACUGCACAGAGAAGAUCAAGUCCAAAGAGCCCAAGUCCACUCUGAGAAGAACCUUCAGGGUGGAGAACGCUGGUCUACUCCCCUUGUAUAUCCGCUCUGCAGAGAUCAACGGCCAGCCCUGCCAAGGAUACGGAUUCAAAGUUCUCAACUGUCAGCAAUUUACACUUAAACCAAACGCUUCUGAAGACCUAGUGAUACUGUUUACACCGGACUUCACGUCAUCCAGAGUGAUCCGGGAGCUGAAGCUAGUGACGGAGGGAGGGUCAGAGUUUGUGUUUGUCCUGAACGCCUCUCUACCUUUUCACAUGCUGGCCUCCUGCACAGAGACCCUCCCCAGACCCUCCUGGGAGCUGGAGCUAUACGUCAUCGUCUCCCUCGUCAUGAGCUCCAUGUUCCUGCUGGUGAUUGCUAUAGCCUACCUGGAAGCCCAGGGGAUCUGGGAGCCCUUUAAGAGACAUCUGUCUCUGGACUCUCCCAUGGAGACGGGAAGACCCUUCGAUCUCAGGGAAAUAGUACGCAUUUCAAGUGAUGCUAACUUGAAUGAUUUCAGCGACGCCCACCAGAACCCGACCAGGGGGAUGUAUGGUUCUGGUAGCGAGGUGUCCCGGGUCGGGAGCCGAAACAGCAGAGCCUCCGUGGACUUUGAUGGACAGAGAGCCAGGAUGGACUUUGAUCGAUCAACUAUGCAAGCCUCCUCCACCUCCGCUUCCUCCCAGCUAGCCAAUGGCGCCCCGGUUUCCUGUCAGCUGACCAAUAGGAAGGCGCGGAGCUCCAAGAGGCAGCAGGGUGGAGGACUCCUGGACCUCCAGAAUGGGGGCCCUGGGUCAGGGUCGUCUCUGCCCCACAGAAGGCACUGUUCUGGGGGAGAGGACCCAGACUACGCCAGCCUCCUGGGGGCCAUGGAUAACGACCUGGACAGACCUGAAUCACCACCUCUACAGGAACACAACGUUUCUCUGUCUACACUGAACAACGUGCUGGACUCUAAAGGAAAGCAGCUGAGAGGUAAAACUAAUGCUCAGAGAAAGAGAGCGGAGAAGGAGAGGAGAGCAAAGGGAAAAGCACCUCAGGGAGACCAGCUGAAGGAUGUUUUGGCAGACAAUGACGACAGCUCCUCUACCACCACAGAGACCUCCAACCCUGAUGUAGAGGCCAGCAACAAAGAGGAACCAGUGAAGAAGAAGGGCAGAACAGCAGUGACUCUGGAAAAAGAGGAAACCAAACCCCAAACCAACACAAAUGAUCAAUCUAGUUCCCUGGAGCUCCCUUACAUCACAGCCCUGGAGAUCAAACAACGCAAGGUCUUCACAUCCAAAGCCCUCAUCCACUCUGCUCUCACCACAGCCCCUACAGCUAGGACUCUGCAGAAACCCAGACCUGGGUCUCUCCCCCAUCUCAACUCGUCUGAUUGUUCUGUAGUUGUGCCUUGUGGGAAGCUGGAGGAUUCUUGUCCGUUUCCCGUGGUGAAGCGGUUGUCCAACGGCUCGGUUUCAGAGCUGGGUCACAGCAGCAGCUCCGAGGGAGAGAAGGAGUUCGCUGCUACUGAAUGGGACAACCCACUGCUCACCAGAACCACCAACCAAGCCGACAGUCUCCAGCAGACCUCCCUCCAGACCAUGAAUGCAGACACCUUCCUGAAGAGACCCAUCUCAGCUAGGACCUACUCCCAUCCCCUCUCCUCCCCCAGCCUAGUGACCAGGGGAACAUACAGCCAAGUACUCAAUGCCAAUAGUGAGACCAACUUGAAGAAGGCACCAGGGAACAAGUUAGCUAAUGCCACCUCUCUCCCGGGCAAGAAUGGCAAUCCUACUUUUGCAGCUGUGGCUGCGGGAUACGACAGAACCCCAGGUGGCAGUGGCCCAGGUCAAAGAGCCCAAUGGAAGACUCUAGCUCACUUGACCUCAGUGGAGAGCGACAGCUCAGACAGCUCAGGAUUAUGGUCUCCCAUAGGAUUCAAUCCUGCCAACUCCUUCUCUGCAUUCGGACCCAACAACUCCUUCAAUCUGACAGGAGUCUUCCGUGGGAUGUCCUUCCCGAAGACAUCCGAGCCUCAGCAGACUUGGCCUGAGUUGAGCUCUGCGUCCUCGUCUCUCUGGGACGCCACCAGCAACCCCCUGCACUCCUGGCUCAGCAGCUCCCCCACUGUCGCUGCCUCAUCCGUCCUGGGUAGCAGCAGGAACCCCUGGUCCACCACCACCCCCUUUGGCAGCUCCAUCUGGUCCACUAGUGGAGACACUGCACUACACUCCUUCACUCCCACCACCACCCUCCCAGACUUACCCAGCAGCAUCCCCACCCUGGGCCUGGCCCCUCCAACUGCCCCCACUGAGAUGAGCCGUUCCUACGACCCCUGGAGGCCCACCCUCAGCAGACACGGCUCAGAGCCCUGGUCCAGCCACUGAGGAGUAACAGGCACUCGCUCUUAGCCUGGUCCCAAAUCUGUUUCAGCUCGUGUCAACUCCAAUGCUGUCUUUAUCAAGCCAAACAUGGCGACGUGGCAUGAAAAUGAUUGCCAAAGAGUUGGCGUAGCACAAACAGGCUGGAACUCAGGCUAACUCGCUCUCACAGAUGUGAUAAUUCUUAACUGAAUUAUCACGUAAAUCAUGCAUACAUGUAAAUGGCAUAUUUACGUUAUGUGAGCAGACCUCAUGUACAUAUUCUGGUCUAAAUCAGAAAUAUACCAUGGUAUCAGUUGUUAAACAGUACUUAAAUAUACAUCAAAACAAAUUAUUUUAUCGACGAGUCCCGUCUAGAAAAGGUUUCAAUGUAAUUUGGUAGCCCCAGCACUUUCUAACACAAACCAAAACCCCCUGAUCAUUUAGUUCACAGCAGUUACAUGCUUUUUAUUCAGGGGGGGGGGAAAUACAGUCUUGAUUCAGAUUCAUUUUUAGGAACACCUCUUAAAUGUAAACAAGAGGAAAGGAAUGUUUUUACCGACACAGGCCGCUGUAACACCCUGGACCAGAGCUAGGUAAUGCUGGUCUGUUGUUCACUAGCUCUGGUCCAGGUCGCUGUAACACCCUGGACCAGAGCUAGGUAAUACUGGUCUGUUGUUCACUAG